AAACCCAAAGAAGAAGAAUCGACGCUGCCUGUUUGUGUUUGGAAGGCUCCAACCGGCUCCUUUGGCAAGGACCUUCUUGGGUAAACAAACGUCUCGGAGAGUUUUCUCACAGCUUGAUGGCUACUUAUGGAUGGAAACUUGACCAUACAACGUGACACUUGAUCUCAUCUGGCAGUGUGUGGCCUGUCGUUGCCUGCAGUGAAGCUCAGUGCUUGGAGCAGAGUCUAGCUCUUUCCCCUGCCCUGGUGGCUCCUUAUGAUGGACCGCGGUUGUACCUGGUUUCUUGCAGCAUGGAUGGUGUGGAUCUAAAGGGUCUUGUGUAUCAGCAUCAGCUUUUCCUGUUCCGUGACUGUGUUCUGUUCGUUUCCAUCUACAAAAGAACACCCUCUAUCCAGACGCUGAGCCCUGUACACCUUUUUUCUUUUUGACCAGAUAGAUUUGUUUCAUUCCAAAGCCUGUAUGGAGGAAGUUUGACUUCUCUUUUCUCUGUUGAAUCGUAUCCGCUCACUCUCGCGUUGGGUGGUGGGAUGUCGGAAAAGCCCAACGACAAGAUGGUGAAGUUCCUGGCUCCCCUUUCCAAGAGUGGUGAUGGCAACGUAAACAACGGAUCUGGCUCAGACUCACUUGUUGGUGAAAAGGUGGCAGUGGAGGUGAGGCACCGCCACCACACCAUGGAGCGCGAUCGCUGCACCGCCGAAUAUCGACCAUUCUUCCGCCGCAGCGUCAUCAGUGACUCCAAUGCCACCGCCCUUGACCUCCCCUUACCCAGUACAAUCCCUAUCUUUGCGCCCAUUGUACCCCCCGUGCAAGAUGUGUCCCAUCCUGCCGGUCCACCCCCUACCCCAAGACCUGCACCCCGUGUGACUGUGACGGAGAGCGAAGGAGGAGAAGUGAAGGUAGAUGUGUCUGUAGAGCAGAAGGCUGCCGUAGUACAAGAUAUCUGUGAUGGGGAUGCAGUAGUGGCUCAGCCAGCAAACAGUCUAGCUGCCCUACCGCCAAGCCAAACGACAGAACCUGGAAGUAGCGGUGAAGUGAAGGAGAGGGAAGAGGGGGAGGAGGAGAAGGAGAAAGCCCGGGUGGAGGCUGAACAGAGAGAGGCAGAGAAAAAGGUGCAGGAUGACAUCGAGGAAGCAGAGACGAAAGCGGUGGGAACGUCGCCGGAUGGGCGUUUCCUGAAGUUUGACAUUGAGAUUGGACGUGGUUCCUUCAAGACUGUCUACAAGGGCCUGGACACAGAGACCACAGUGGAGGUGGCAUGGUGUGAGCUGCAGGACCGUAAGCUGUCCAAGUCGGAACGCCAGCGGUUCAAGGAGGAGGCUGGCAUGCUGAAGGGGCUGCAGCACCCCAACAUCGUCCGCUUCUACGAAUCCUGGGAGGCCCCCGUUAAAGGCAGGAAGUGCAUUGUGCUGGUCACAGAACUCAUGACCUCCGGAACACUGAAAACGUAUCUGAAGCGUUUCAAGGUGAUGAAGAUUAAGGUUCUGAGGAGCUGGUGUCGUCAGAUCCUGAAGGGCCUUCACUUUCUCCACACCCGAGCCCCUCCCAUCAUUCACAGGGACCUGAAGUGUGACAACAUCUUCAUCACCGGCCCCACCGGCUCCGUCAAGAUAGGAGACCUGGGAUUGGCCACACUCAAGAGGUCCUCUUUUGCCAAGAGUGUCAUAGGUACCCCUGAGUUCAUGGCGCCUGAGAUGUAUGAGGAGAAGUACGACGAGUCAGUGGAUGUGUAUGCCUUUGGGAUGUGCAUGCUGGAGAUGGCCACCUCAGAGUACCCAUACUCCGAGUGCCAGAACGCUGCACAGAUCUACCGCCGAGUCACCAGCGGGGUGAAGCCGGCCAGCUUCGACAAGGUGGCCAUCCCCGAGGUGAAGGAGAUCAUCGAGGGAUGCAUCCGACAGAACAAGGACGAGAGGUACUCGAUAAAGGACCUGCUGAACCAUGCCUUCUUCCAGGAGGAGACCGGGGUGCGUGUGGAGCUGGCUGAGGAAGAUGACGGGGAGAUGGAGGCCAUCAAGCUGUGGCUGAGGAUAGAGGACGUCAAGAAGCUGAAGGGGAAGUACAAGGAAAACGAGGCCAUCGAGUUCUCCUUCGACCUCAGCAAGGACGUCCCCGAGGACGUGGCCCAGGAGAUGGUGGAGUCUGGCUACGUGUGUGAAGGGGACCAUAAGACCAUGGCUAAGGCCAUAAAGGACAGGGUUUCCCUCAUCAGCAGGAAGAGGGAGCAGAGGCAACAGGUGAGAGAGGAGCAGGAGAAGAGGAGGCUGGAGGAGGAGCAGGGUCAACGACAACAAGAACAAGUAAUACUACAGCAGCAGCCUGGCACAGAGGCCUCCCAGCCAGGCCAACAGGCUGCCCCCUACACCCAGCCACAGCCCACCCAGCAGCCACCACAGCCCAACCUGCAGACGACACCCGACAUCCCCCCUCAGACAGCACAGCUGGGGCCCCAGGGAGUUCCCUACAUACCCCAGUCUACAGGGCAGCUCCCAGUCCCAGUAUCAACCCAAGUUCCAGCCCAGCCAGAGUCAGAGGUGCCAGAGGUGGACCAGUACCUGCAGCAGACAGAGACAGCCAAUCAAAUAACAGAUAGUUCCUCCAUCCUUCCCGAGACGCACCUGGUUCGGCCGGUGGUGUCAUACAGCUCUCUGCCCAGUCAGCAGCCUCAGCCAGAGGCCCCAUACCCACAGGCCACGCCCCCUGUCCAAACCGACCAAUCGCAGCAGCAGCCGCAGCAGACCAUGGUGGUUCCUGCUGCCCAGACUGCCACUGUUGUCCCUGGGGCUCCACAACAGCGCCCCCUUCUGUGCUAUGCCGGUAAUACUGUAAAUCCCGGGAUGAGAGAAGGACGAUAUGACGAUAUGAAAAUCUGGAUACCCCCCAAGCCUAUUCAGCCACAGCCAGUGGGCAGCACUGUACCUCAGAGCACAGCACCACCACCGCUCCAGCCUGGUGCCCAACAAAUACAGUCAUGGGCCAAUGAUCCGAGCCCUCCUAUCCUAUCUCCUCCAAUCAACGCAGAGCACCUCUACUUCCUCUAUCAGGCCGCAAACCUCUCUAUGCCGCAGGCCUCUGUGAGGGUAUCCCAGCCGGCGUCAGCAGAGAAGGCAGCAGGCCAGACAGCGCCGGUGCCUCAGUCUGUGGAGAAUUGCCUUUCGAACGUGUCGUCAGGUUUGAGUAACGGCUAUGAGGGGACAUCAGAUGGUAGACACGAAGGGCGCUCCAUGAUCAAGCGGCACCAGCAGCACUCUGUACGCAGCCACUCUUGCCACGAGAAGACCACCAAGGCCAAGCUCAUCGUCCUCAAUAUCUCCAACAUGGGAGACCGGGUGGCAGAGUGCCAGCUGGAGACCCACAACAGGAAGAUGGUCACCUUUAAGUUCGACCUGGAUGGAGAUAACCCUGAAGAGAUCGCACGGAUCAUGGUCCUGAGUAAGUUUAUCCUGGAGAGCGAACGCAAGUCGUUUAUCGAGCAGGUUCGGGAGGUCAUCGAAAUGCCGGGCGAUAAAGUAGAGGGCAUGAAGGAAGGCUGCGCUCAGCCGCCCUUCACUCAAAUUGUGGUAGAUGACCCCUUACAGCAGCGUGACAAGCCCACUCCUCUGUCUGACGUUGCAGCUCAGGUGGUCCACUCUGCAGGUCGGAGGUUCAUCGUCAGCCCUGUCCCAGAGUCCCGUUUGAGAGAGCAGUUCUUCGGCCCUCCCUCGGCUAACACCUCGUUUGGGGACGAGCCCCAUCUAGUGAGUCUGGGCCUGUCCCUGUCUGCCCCCUCAAGCCGCCUCCAGCAGGCCUUCACUGAGAUGAGGGAGACGCAUGGGGAGAGACGAGCCACCAGCACAGUCCCCUCCUCCCAGGCUGGUCUGCACCCGGCCCCCACCACCUCCUCCACCCUGCCUCAUGUCUCUGUCAUCCCCUCUGGGUCCUCCUCUCUUCCCCCCUCCACAUGCCAAGUUGCAACCGGGAGGGGGUCUCCAACCCAAGUUUCAGCACCUGCUACCAGUGAGCUAAUCCCACACCCCCAGCCUGGCUGCCAAGCUGCCCCCUCUCAACCUGCUCCUGCCCAAAUCACAUUCCCCCCUUCAGCUGCUCUCCAGCACCCCCAGGCCUCCUCGUCCUCUUUCCCCCCAGCCUCUGCCGAUCAGAUGGGCAGCAGCUCUGCCCCUGUCUCUGGAGCUCCGCCCAUUAACUCUGGGACUGUGACCAGCUCAGAGCAGCACCCUGUACCUAUCCUGUCCUCUCAGCCUAUCCCUGUUCCUAUCCUGUCCUCUCAGCCUAUCCCUGUUCCUAUCCUGUCCUCUCAGCCUAUCCCUGUUCCUAUCCUGUCCUCUCAGCCUAUCCCUGUGUCCAUUCCUGUCACUCAGCCCACCUCCUCCCAGUCUCAGUCUCAGCCUGUCCCUACCUUUGUCCCUGUGGCACAGCCUGCAAUGGCUCCCACCCAACUUCCACCCUCUACCCUGCCCUCCCAACCGUCCCAGCUGCAGCCAGGGGACCCAGAUGGGGGAGAGUCCCAGUCCAAGGCCCCUGGUAUAGAUGACAUCCAUGCCCUAGAAAAGAAGCUGCGCUCCCUCUUUAAGGACACCAUCUCUGCUGACACUGGCAACACUGAGACCACCUCUUCCUCCACAGAGACCAUCUCCCCUCCCCAUCUGGCGGCCCUGGUGCCCCCCUUCAACCUGUCCCUCACUUCAGGGGAACAGGGAGCCCCGGGCCCCCCCUCCAACGCAGGACAGGGCCUCACACCAGCGGAACAUGCACAGAUCCAUCCAGAAAAGCAUGGCCAAGCCACCAGAGCGCAGGCAGACACCCCUACCUCUGAGCAAUUGCCUCCAGUACCAAACCAGUCCCAGCAGCCUCUUGGUAGUCUGGACGGCCAGCUGAGGAGAGCUGUGAGCCCUGAGACCAUCCCAGGGAGCAGUAGAGCAGCAACGUCCUCCACAGGGGUCGUCAAACUGGGACGCUUCCAGGUCUCAGAAGCUGGCGCCGGCAGCACUCCUGACCCCUCUACCAUCGCCUCCUCUUCCUCCCUCACACCCUCUUCGUCCUCCUCCUCGUCUUCCUCGUCUUCCUCCUUUUCCAGCCCAGAGAACACCCUCCACCGCUCCUCCUCCCUCUCCAAAGGAGUCUGGAAUGGAGACUCCGUAGAUGGGCUCACUUCUGUCCCAACGCAGCCCGCCACCAUCGGACGCUUUCAGGUGACUGCCAGUGUCACACCCAGCCCCAACUCUGUCUCCAAAGUGGGCCGUUUCUCAGUGAUGCCAGCUGCAGCCAAUACCACGGCUCCUUCGGGAUCUAGCUCCUCCCAUCAGAACGGCCCUUCCUCUUCAACAACCUCUAACCCCUGUAGCUCCGCCUCCGGCGUGAACAGAGGUUUGUUUAAUCAUUACAUGACCAGCGACAACGAGGAUGACUCAGGGCCAGAGGAUGAGGCCUUUGAGAGGGAAGUCAGCCACCUCCGAGAGAAACAUAUGAUAGAGAGCCAGACCCUCCACUCCCGUCACAAGGAGGAAAUCGAUGCUCUGUUCACCAGGCUGGGUAAACCUCGUCCGUCGGCUGUCCUCUCCCCGUCUGUGGCCAUGGCCGGGGGCCGACGCAGGGCCAAGACCAGCAAAUCAGCCCGCAGCAGCGCCCAGCCCGGUCCCUUGCACUCAGGAGCCCAAGUCACAGGCCAGAUCUCCCCAGAGUCCUCCUCUAAGCAGACGUCUCGCCCCACGGCAGGGCUCUCUGAGCCAGGCAGCCGGACCUCCCUCCAGAAUCUCAAACUCUCCCCCUCCUUGCCCAGCCUCAGCACCUCCACCAUGGGAGUGAGUGGGACCAGUUCAGACAGUGGAGCGAACACCAGCCAGUCUCAGCCGUCAGGCCCUAACAUGGCCCCGGCCGUAACACAGAGUCGCAAGGGCACAUUCACAGACGACCUGCACCUGCUAGUUGACAACUGGGCUCGAGACGCCAUCAGCCUCUCCCACGGCAAGAAAGGACCCAAGGGGACAUCCCAGGGACCCGGACACGACAUCCCUCUACAUAUCCCUCCACAAGCCAACAUGGGCCGAAAGUUUUCUGCCCCCGGCCACCUCUGCCCUACUACCCACCCCUCCACCAACCCCUCCAUCCCCCUCUGCCCGCGUCAGGGCUCUCUGGGCACCCCUGCCCAGGUUUUCGGCUACGGCCCAUCCACCUACAGCAACCCCCAAUGGGCAGGACCUACAGGUCCCUGUCAGGUGGGCCUCCUGGCCUCCACCCAGCCGCAGGCCCAGUACCAGCCCCAAGCCCCCUCCUCGGCCUCAGCCCCCCUUCAGCAGGCCUUCCACGUGGGAGCCACUCAGAAACCUGUCAGCAACCCUGGAGGCCCCAACCUGAGGCCCACGUAGCCUGGAUCUGGGUUAGUCAGGCUAGGCUGAGAGGGACUGAGGGCAGGGAGGAGGAGAGCCAUGGGACAACUACUAGCACUCUCUGAUGUUUUGUUCUGUUUCGCUUAUUGGUGAGUAGAACAAAAAAGAAGAGAACGAAGGAGAGGAGACUGUGGUCCUGUCAGGCGAAAAAAGAGGUCUGUCUGUCGGUUGGAGGGAGAGUGCAAUACAUACCCAUAGCACACCAAUCACACCUUCACCCCUACCAGGGCCCAGUCUUUUCUGCCAAUGGCUGUGGAAGCGGGUUGUGAUUGACAUUUAGGUUUGUCCAAUGAAAGCCAUUGAGCCAAGAGCACAAACAGCAAUGGCCAGAGACGUCUGUUGAAAGCACCAUUGUGACGUCAUCAUUCCCUUGAAGGAGAGGAUAGGGAGGGGGAGGGGGAACUCUUAAUCACUUCUUGACUGUAACUGGCCUUAAGCUUAACUAGGACAGAAUUUAGAAGAUGGAGAGAAACCCUGCCAACACACACGCACCUCCUAGCCUUACUGUCAUUGGCUGAGAUUCAGGGGUGUUGAAUGGUAUGGGAAGCUAUCUUGAUGAGAAACAGAUGAAUUGUGGGUAUCAAGUUUGUAUAAAGAAAGUCGAGAGAGAUACAGUAUGUAGAGAAGGAAAGAAGAGUGAAUGGAAGUCGGUAAGGUUUUACUGGAUAGUGGUUACCCAUAUCAUCGCCAUACAGUAAGAUGCAAUAAUAGCAUUGUGGGGAAAGGAGUGAGUCCCUGGCCCCGUGUAACAGUGGCCUUCAACCCCUAAACGCAUGUACACAUUUUCUUUGUAUAACAAAUAUUUCUUGUCCUAGGUUAUGAUUCUAUGGUUAUAUUUGACUAUCUGUCCCUCUGAGAUGGUGUGAUGUUAUGCCUGGCUGAGUGUGUUACUUUCUUAUUUUGAGACCAUAACCUGUUAGCGUGAGCUAAGUAACAGACCUGUCUGUAGAUAGUUUAUCAUUAUCUACUUCCUGUCAUGUCCAUGCUUUGGAUUUAGCCUGACUGUAUCCAUGAGUGAUUUUGGUUUACGCUUUAGAGACUGGUUAGGCUUAUCAACUGUUUGAGUUGUAGGCUUCAGCUACUGUGUCGGUUGUCUCACCUCACCACCUGGUGUACUGGAGUCACUCUAAGUAAGGCUAUGUCCCUCGGUACAUUCCUGAGACAUGGGGUUAUCUAUAGAUACUACUGGUAUAUUAUCUAGCAGUGAACGGGGCAUGAUGUUCACACAGACCUUAGAAAUGUAAACUUUUCACAUCUAUCCAACCUUAUUUCCCGUUGUCGUCAUAUUUCAAAAUCAUGACAAAUUGUCUGGGGUUCCCUUUCUGUGGUUUAUUUUGUGUGUAUAUUUAAAUACAAAUACAAUAUGUUCUCUAUGGACCUGUAUUCAGCCAUCAUAUUUUGAUGUUUCACUAACUAUUAAAUGUUGUUAAACAACAUGUAGUUAAAUGAAUAUAACGUGCAAUUGCAGGGUUAUUAUUGGUAUUGUACUCCGUAACAGCAGAGUAGUCCUGUGCUUCUUCAGCUCUUAUCAUACACCACCCUGUCAUUUUUGUUUUGUUUUACUGUGUAUAUGUCUAUACAUGCAAGGUACAUGUGUUACAUUUAAAUAAUGCUUUCAUAUAAUGCUCAUCGCCAUAGAGUAAGUAUUAUGUCUUGCGAUUUACCCACCCGGACAGCCCUGUAAACUUUCAGAACUCUUUAGUGCUUCGCAUCCUCACUACUGAGAACUUCCACCAUAAUCACCUAGCCCUACUGUUCUUUCUGAUGGACUAGAGUCCAGUGACUGAAAGACCAGUUAACUGCCGACCUGUGAGAUCCAUCAAACGUCCAUAGACAUCGGUAAAUGUUUCAUAUGAAAGUUAAACAUACCUAAUGAAGUCUGUCAGAAGAGGCAGGUGAGUCUUAUAUCAACACAGGACUGACUCAUGUCAAGCAGAGCAGUGUUGCAUGAAAACAGGUUAUUUUCUGUGGUCACCAAAACCGGCAUUUGUGUAUCUUAUGUUGGUUGUUGAAAAGGGGUAUGACUUGUCUAAGUGAAUGUAAUCAGUACAGUAUUGCAUAGCAGCACUUGUUUUCAACAGAUAAGAAAACUAAACUGUUUUUUCUCUCCAUUGGCACCAUUCUCUUGCUUCUUUGCCACCUUAUGUGAUUGUGCCAUUCCCCUCGAUACAGUGACCUCACCCACUCCUGGAUUGAACUACUACUUUAACUUCUCUAGAGAAUAACAAGUUACUGCAAUGCAGAAUAUGCAAUGUUUAAUAGGGACCAAGGGGAAAUGUUUAUGCCGACGAGGGCUGUUAUUUAGUGUUUUUGAUAUUGGGAAAACUGAUCCUGCUUUUCUUUGCUGUAUGCAAGUCCACACAAAGUGCCGAUCAUGAAUUGCUCAGGUGUCAAUGUAUCUCAAUAUAAUAUUGGCAUCCGUCUUUCCUGAAUUCUGCAUGCUAACUGGUUUUAGAUCUUUGGCUUACCUACAACAACCCACUGUACAGCACAAGCUACUAAUCACCCAAUUAUCCUCAAGUGGUGAAAAGAUUCUACAGGCACAAUUGUCUCCUUAGGCUACUGACAUUUAUAACGUUAUUUCAUGUUGUACUCUUGGAUUUUUGUCCAUAUUUUCUCUUAGGGACCAGCCUACUCUAUGGUUGUUUUUUCACGUUGUACAAAGUGUUAAAAAAUUAAUAAAAAUUCAACUGAAAUCA